CUCUUGAUUCUAUCUUCCACUGUCAUUAUCCUCAAGAUUUGUCUCUUGUGAGACUCGAUGACGCUUCAUCGAUCUCUUGUGUUCUUCUUCUUGUUCCUCUCAUGUUUUGCUCUUUCUUCAUGGGCUCUUCCUCUCUGUUCCGAUUCAAGAGCUCCCUCGGAGGUGAAUUCAACAUUGAGCUUUUGUCCUUACAAAGGAAAAACAUGCUGCAAUACAAUGGAAGAUUCCAAUUUGAUGAAGCAAUUUCAAGCUAUGAACAUUUCCGACAAGGGUUGUUCUUCUGUUGUAAAAUCAAUCCUUUGUGCUAAAUGCGAUCCUUUUUCAUCGGACUUAUUCAGAGAUAACUCAGAUCAGCAGUCUGUUCCAAUCCUCUGCAACUCUACCAGUUCAGCAAAUUCCACAAAGGAUUUUUGCUCUGAGACAUGGGAGACAUGUCAAAACGUUUCCAUAUCGGGUUCUCUUUUCGCUGCCUCAUUGCAAGGAAGGGCUGGAGCACCAGCGAAUAACAAUGCCUCCAAGCUUGCUGAUCUAUGGCAGUCCAAAACCGAUUUCUGCAGUGCCUUUGGUGGAGCUAGCUCCAAUGAAACUGUUUGCUUCAGCGGUGAGCCAGUUGCUCUUAAUGACAAAGACACUACUCCUGACAAGGCACCUUCUGGUUUAUGUCUUGAGAAAAUCGGGAACGGUUCUUACCUCAACAUGGUUCCUCACCCUGAUGGCUCCAACCGUGCAUUCUUCUCUACGCAACCUGGAGUAGUAUUCUUGGCUGGUAUACCAGAUCAAGAUUCUGGCGGGGUAUUGGAUGUGGAUCCAUCUAGCCCAUUUGUGGAUUUGACUGAUGAGAUUCAUUUUGAUACUGAGUUUGGGAUGAUGGGAAUGGCUUUUCAUCCAAAGUGCUCAUGUAACUCCGAUGUGAACUGUGAUCCUUCCAAACUAACUCCUGACAGUGGAUCUCAACCAUGCCAAUUCCAAACCGUAAUAGCUGAGUAUACAGCCAAUGGUACCUCGUCAGACCCUUCUAAGGCGAAGAACGCUAAGCCAACAGAAGUCAGGAGGAUUUUCACAAUGGGACUUCCCUUCACAUCACACCAUGCUGGACAGAUUCUCUUUGGUCCAGAUGGGUACCUCUACUUUAUGAUGGGAGAUGGAGGUGGAGGCGCAGACCCGUACAAUUUCUCACAGAACAAGAAAUCUUUGCUAGGAAAGAUCAUGAGGCUUGAUGUAGAUAACAUUCCUAGUGCUUCUGAGAUCUCCAAAAUGGGUCUAUGGGGAAACUACUCUAUACCAAAAGACAACCCUUUUCGUGAAGACAAAGAGCUGGAACCUGAAAUAUGGGCUGUUGGAUUGAGAAACCCUUGGAGAUGCAGUUUUGAUUCUUCUAGGCCUUCUUACUUUAUGUGUGCUGAUGUUGGACAGGACACAUAUGAAGAGGUGGAUCUCAUUACUAAAGGAGGAAAUUACGGUUGGCGUGUUUACGAAGGCCCGGAUCUUUUCCAUCCUGAGUCAUCCCCUGGAGGAAACACAUCUGUUAAAUCACUAAACCCGAUAUUUCCUGUGAUGGGUUACAACCACUCUGAAGUUGACUCAAGCGGAAAAUCAGCUUCGAUCACAGGAGGAUACUUCUAUAGAUCAGAGACUGAUCCUUGCAUAGCUGGAAUGUACGUGUAUGCUGAUCUAUAUGGAAAUGGCGUGUGGGCGGGGAUUGAAAGUCCUGCUAAUAGCGGGAACUUUGUGACCAACAGAACAACCUUCAGCUGCGCUGGUGACUCACCCAUGAAAUGCAGCGAUUCUCCGGGAACUUCAGGGUUAUCUCUAGGAUAUGUCUUCUCCUUUGGUGAGGAUAACAACAAAGACAUCUACUUGCUUACAAGCAAUGGUGUCUAUAGAGUGGUUAGGCCGAGCCGUUGCAACUUGACUUGCUCCAAAGAAAACUCCACGGCAGCUAGAAGAAAACCCGGUCCCUCGAGUUCUCCUUCUUCUUCGUCGUCUUCUUGUUAUAAGCAUAUAAAUGGUUUCCAUGGAAGCUUGGUGGUUUUAUUUGUGUCUCUGUCUUUGAUUCUGCUAGGUUUAUUAAACUAGUUUUUCAAAAGUUGUUUCUUCUUGUUUGUGUUGAAGAAUUAUUAUGGAAUUGUAUGUUGGGGAUGUUUUGAGGGAAUACAUGUAUGAUGAUGAAUGAGAACAAAGAUAUUCUUUCACA